AUGGAGGCUGAUUGGAUAGGACUACCUAGGUACAGUGAAGCAUAUGUCAGUGGGAUUCAAGCAUUUGUGGAAUAUGCGUUUCCCCUUUUUUCCGUAGGUGAAAAAAUGAAGUGCCCCUGCAAGAAAUUUAAUGGUCAAUAUUGGCAUCGUCAGGAUGUGAUUUAUGAUCAUCUCAUUUGCAGAGGGCCUUCCGCUUUACAUGUCCAAUGGAUAUAUGAUGUCUCGCAAAAGAAAGUCGAAAAUAGUACUGCAAAUAUAGGUUCUGACUUUAUGGAUUGCGAAACGGGGUAUGAUUUUGGUGAUAAUUUAGAAGCGAUGGGGAAGAUGUUUGAGAAUUUAGACGAUGGACCAGGUACGGAGGCUAAAAAGAUUUAUCGGCAUCGGAAAGAGGGAAAACAACCACUAUAUCCCGGCUGCAAGAAAUUUUCUCGUUUAAGUUUUAUGAUCAGGCUUUACCAUUUAAAAUGUAGUCAUGGAAUUAGCAAUUCUGCUUUUGGGGAAUUAUUGGGGUUGAUAAAGGAUGCUUUCCCCGAAGCAAAUAUGCCUUUGUCCUUCAAUGUUGCGAAGGACAUGAUUAGGGACUUGGGCCUUCAUUACGAGAAAAUACAUGCUUGUCCCAAUAGUUGCAUGUUGUAUUGGGAAGCAAAUAAAAAUAAACAAGUCUGUGAUAUUUGUGGGGUAUCUAGGUGGGUUAUACAAGAGAAGAAAGGGUCUGCCCAUAAUAACGAUCCAGAGAAGUUAGUUACUAAAGUGCCAACAAACGUUAUGAGAUAUUUUCCACUAAAGCCUAGGCUACAAAGAUUGUUCCUGUCCAAGGAAUCUUCCAAAUUGAACACAUGGCAUGCAGCGGGAAGGACGGAAGAUGGGAAACUAAGGCAUCCGGCGGACGCCGAAACUUGGAAGACAAUGAAUGCUAUGUAUCCUGAUUUUUCUUCGGAAAUUCGAAAUAUUUCACUAGGUGUAGCUGCUGAUGGAUUUAAUCCAUUUCGUUCUAUGAAUUUAAGUCAUAGUACAUGGCCAAUUCUACUUGUAAACUACAACCUCACACCUUGGCUCUGCAUGAACCAGGAAAAUUUGAUUCUUUCAACGUUAAUAUCGGGACCAGAAUCUCCGGGAAAUAGUAUCGAUGUCUAUAUGCAGCCUUUGAUUGCCGAAUUGAAAGAAUUAUGGGAUGUCGGCAUCCAAACAUAUGAUGCCUUGACUGAUCAUAACUUUAAUUUACGGGCAAGGGUGCUUUGGACCAUUAGUGACUUUCCAGGAUACGCUAUGUUGUCGGGUUGGAGCACAAAGGGUAGACUAGCGUGUCCAAUAUGUCACUACGAAACUUGUUCUGAAUAUUUGAAACAUAGUAGAAAAAUGUGCUACAUGAAUCAUAGAAAAUAUCUCGAUCCUUCACACAAAUGGAGGUUUAACAAGAAAAGAUUCAAUGGGCAGAUUGAAACGAGGCAGAUUCCGGAUCCAUUAACGGGAAAGGAUAUCGAAGAAUUGUUGUUUGGGUUUGAAAAUCAAUUUGGGAAGAAACGCAAGGGAAUGUGA